AGACUUCCUCGUACUUGGGCCGAUUCACAUAAAAUCCCAACAACAGCAACAAACAACGACACUCCGAAAAGCAUUCGCCGGAAAAUGACGACACUAAACCUAAUCGCCAUCCGUGACGGCGAAAACAACGGCGGAUUUUACUCCCCUGCGAAAGAGAAAGCCUCCAUUAGAGGCCCUUAUCAACACCGCUUCCAUAUCUUCUGGCGUCUCCGUCGUAUCGCUAAGCUUAAGUUUUUCCUUCUCGUAUUUUGUGCGUUAUGCGGCGUCGUUCUGUUCUCCUCCCGGAUUUCGUCUUCCUUUGGCUGGAAUGUUCACUCGCCUUCUUCUGCUUUCUCUCCUUCUAGAGGUGGAUAUACAGUACUCAUGAACACAUGGAAGCGCAAUUCUCUUUUAAAGCAGUCUGUUGCUCAUUAUGCUUCAUGCCGUGGUACUGACGCGAUACAUGUGGUAUGGAGUGAGAGUGAUCGUCCCUCAGAUAGUUUAAAAACUUAUCUUAGAAAGAAAGUGAUGGCAAAGUCUCGCGCAGCUCUGAAACCCAACUUUAAGUUUGAUGUGAAUGAGGAGGAUAAUCUGAACAAUAGAUUCAAACCCAUUAAGGACCUGAGGACUGAUGCGAUCUUCUCUGUUGAUGAUGACGUCAUUGUGCCUUGUGAUGCACUAGACUUUGCUUUUACCACGUGGCAAACUGCUCCAUCAUCAAUGGUUGGAUUUGUUCCUCGCAUGCACUGGCUGAGCGAAAAGAAAGAUACCCAUGCAUCUUAUUAUUACGGAGGAUGGUGGUCGGUUUGGUGGACGGGCUCUUACAGUAUGGUUUUGUCCAAGGCAGCAUUUUUUCAUCGGAAGUACCUUGAUAUGUAUACCAAUCAGAUGCCAGCAUCCAUACGUGACUAUGUAACUAGAGAGAGGAACUGUGAAGAUAUUGCGAUGUCCUUGCUUGUUGCCAACGCCACAGCUGCUCCACCCAUUUGGGUCAAGGGGAAGAUACAUGAGAUUGGUUCUUACGGAAUAAGUAGUUUACAAGAUCACAGUAGCAAAAGACAUAAAUGCUUGAACGAUUUUGUUUCCCUCUAUGGUAAUAUUCCUCUCGUAUCAACUAACGUAAAAGCCGUGGAUGCGAGAAAUGAAUGGUUCUGGUAACUGAUUUUUUAACCUCAGCUCAAUUCAUCUGAUCUCUGUGUUUUGCUCAUAGGUUUUGGUUAAUAGUUCAAUUACCAUCGUUCAUACAUAAAAAGUCGGUAUCUUAGGUCUUGAUCAUAUUGUAUAAUGCUGUUGUAGUGUUGUGUAUAUUUGUAAUGUUGUCUUUGUUGUGCAAAUUAGGUCUACUUUUUCUUUAUGAACUUUGAUGAAAUCUCAUCAUUCCAUCAUUAUCUUCAUAGAUGAUAAUGGUUGGAUAGGUUGGUAAAAUCAUUGAAGCCGAAAAGCAUUACUUGGAGUGGCUUUCAUUAUUAGUUUUAUUACAUAUAUACAUUUGUGCAUAAUAUGUAAACAAACUCAUUAACUUUCAAUCAAUCAUUUAGGCUAUAUUCUAUUCGA